UGCUAUGCAGUUCCGUGUCACGGCUCUCAGCUCCCACCUGUACGGCAUUAUCCGUGCUGUCACGGCCCUCAGCUCCCACCUGUACGCCAUUACCCUCGGCUGCGCCGCCCACUGCAGCCAUCUUCUUCUUCCUUCCUCAGUAAGCUCCUGCUACUCUCCUUUCCCUGUUCCUCUUCGUGUUGUUGGUAGUUUUGACGGACCCCUUUUCUUCAUCGUAAUCCUUCUUUCCUGGAUUCACUCGCCUGCUCUUUGCUAUGCUGGUCGUCGUUCCAGGGCCUUUGGCCCUUCUGUUGGUGUUCAUUCCAGAACACUGCAGCCACAUGGAGAGAAAUAUAAAUGCGUUGGCCCUACAUGUUCUGGAACAGGAGGACCUAGGUACAGCCUCCCUAUUAUUGCCACCGAUCUUGUGGCACCGAGAGAGCAACAAAAUGAAAGAACUAUACAACUUGUGUUCUUUGGAUCCAUAGCACAAGAAAUAAUUGACACCCCAGUUGGUACUCUCAUUGCUGCUAAUGAAGGCGUGGGAAUUUUCCUCCCAACAAAAAUUACUGCCAUCUAUGGAAAACAAUAUGAGCUCCGUGUAAGCAUUUCCUCAAUGUCAUUACAGCAUAUCAACAUCACCUAUCAAGUUGAUGCUAUUAUAGGCAUGGGUAGCAUUCCUGCAUCUACACCACCUCACUUGCAUCUCGCACUUGAAGGACAACCUUCUCAUCAAUCAGCAACAGAAAGCCAGCAACUCCACUCUACUGAUAAAUCUACACUCAUCACUGGCACUGCACCAAAUGGUUCUGGGUCUACACCACCUGAAUGCAAUAAGGACAUCAGCUCGGCAUUACCUCAUAUAGAUAUAUCAGGUACAGAAAAUACUAAGUUUGAGAUCCAUGCAAGGACAAAGGCUCCUGAAUCAUCUGAAAGCAAUCUGUUGUCAACUCUGGCCUCAGUUGAAGACUUAGAAAAAGCUCAGGUAUAUCUCAUAACAUCAUAUCUACUAUAUUGCAUAGAAAAUCAAAUACCUUUUGAUUAUGUAAUACAACAAGAUUAUACUUGCCUUUCCCCAUGCAUCUUGCUGACCCAAAGACAAAAAAGAACAAAUGUUCGAUUGAUGAGGCAUCUCAUAGCCAUGGUAAAAAUGAUCCAAGUGAUAUUCAGAUGACGGCUAGAGCUCACCAAUCCAGAUGAACAAGACUAGGGUAGCCUUGCAGUAGAGAAGGACAUCCUAUUUUGACAGUGGACCUAACGCAACUACGCCAGCACAUGCUACUGUGCCUGCCAAUUUGCGAUGGUCCACAUACCUCUACCGUGUGUAAAUUAAAUAGUAGGUAGAGAAUCAGAACUACUAUGGAAUCCUUAGCAACCAAGCAGUGUCAUCCCUGACGUCGCCCAACUAGACCAUCCAACGAAAGGAAGGGAGGCCGCACCCUCCUAGGAAAUGCAUUUAUGCAGGUGUUAGACAUGUGUAUUAUAGCUUCCAAACAGCUGCUAUAUGUAAAUUAAUCAGUACUACCUGAGCUUGUCAAAUAUUAUGCCGUCUGAGCUUGCCAAACAUUAUGCCGUC